CAGUGUUGUCGCUCCAAAAAGAAGAGACUACAAACUGCACAGAAACCUGAGGCGUCUCACGCAAACGUCCGUAGUUUAAAAUAGCGAAGGCAUCCAAGGCAGAGAGAAUAAGCGUCACUGGUCUACGGUGUCGUGACAGGGGCGGAGUUGCUCGUGAUCCUUGCACCUGUCACUUGGAUCUUGCCCCUCAGAGCCUUGGGACCACCCGGUUCUAGCGCAAUUAUGAACUUGGAGCGAGUGUCCAAUGAGGAGAAGUUGAACCUGUGCCGGAAGUACUACCUGGGUGGGUUUGCAUUCCUGCCUUUUCUCUGGUUGGUUAACAUCUUCUGGUUCUUCAGAGAGGCCUUCCUUGUUCCAGCCUAUACAGAGCAAAGCCAGAUCAAAGGCUAUGUCUGGCGCUCAGCCGUGGGAUUCCUCUUUUGGGUAAUUGCACUCAGCACCUGGAUCACCAUCUUCCAGAUCUACCGGCCCCGCUGGGGUGCCCUUGGGGACUACCUCUCCUUCACCAUACCCCUGGGCACCCCCUGACAACUUCUGCACAGGCUGGUGACCUGCUCCUUCUCCCAGGGUGGGCUGUAAGCUCACCCUCAAGUCCCAGAGACUACCCAUCUCCCAUCUUUCCUGCUGAUGUGCCCCAAUAAAGGACACUAACUUUC